AUGACUUCAUCUCCAAACUCUAAACCGUUGAACCCAGAGGCUCAGCCUUUCCCUACAGCCGAACAUUUCUUGAUGCUACCACAUCAGUUCUUCCACUGUCAGCCACCGCCACUUCCAUUUCCACCGGCGGAGCAGUGGCGCGCGGGUCUGUUUUACAAGCAUCCACCAGCAGGUGUAGGUUGCUACCAUGUGCGUUACCAUCAACCACCUCUGCUACAAGGUGUCGGCUUCGACUUUCCCGUCGCCAACUCAUGCGGCGGCGGUGCCGGAGGGGAGGAGGUGGUAAAAAGGAAAGAGAGGUUUAGGAGGCCCCGAAAGGUGUCGGCCCCCGCUUUGGGCAGUUGGAGGAGGAGGAGGGGGGUUUCUGAACCAUCAGUACUCAUGUGGAGGCCUAAAACUCAGUCCAAAUCCAACUCGUCAGGUGGUGGUGUUACUGUUCAUGCAUCUUCACCACCACCACCACCUCCACCCCCACCACCACGACCGCUUCCCAUAUCACCAUUUUAUGAUGUCGGGAACACCACUGUAAUGAUCAGAAAUAUCCCCAACCAAUACAGGAGGAACAUGUUACUCGACUUCCUUGAUGAGCACUGCCAAAACCACAACCAGAAGGCUGAGUUGCUGUCAGACCCACUUCACAUGGCCUAUGAUUUCCUAUAUUUACCCAUGGAUUUUCGUAGUGGAGACAAUCUCGGGUAUGCAUUUUUGAACCUGACAAGCUCAGGUGCUGCUCUGAGGAUGAGAGAAAUGUUGCACCGUUUCAAGUGGGGCACUUUCAAAUCAAGUGAUUCAAAGAUAGUUAAUUCCAAGAAAGUGUGUGAAAUCACUUGGGCAAGGAUUCAGGGGAAGGACAAUUUGGUCAGACAUUUCCAGAAUUCAAUCUUCCCUUGUGGAAAUGUGGAGUACCUACCUGCUGUUCUUGCGCCUCCAAGGGAUGGUUCAGCCACCACUGCCUCUGUGCUGAGCCCCAUUGGGAAGUGUUUGCUUCUCCGGUAG